CGUCUCUCGCAUUGUAAAACUAGGCUGACUGAAAUCAGAGCAGAUCUUCUUUUGUCUCUUAACAUCUGAAGAUGUCGCAUCAUUGAUUCAAACUUCACAAAACACUUUUUUGUAGCAAAUCCGGUGAUGAGUCGUCACUAUUCAUUCCGAUAACAAUGGCUUGAUUUUGUCCAACUGUUAUCAUAAUUUUAGACAAGAGUUGGCGAACAUUACAGGUGGAAAGACGUCUCUUUGUCAGGGAUCUCUUAAUAAUUGUCUAAUUGAUCCGCCAUUUUAAAUCUUAGCGCUAGUAUAUAAACGCGAUUAACAUUUGAUUGAGUCACUCUUUCGGUUGAUCUGCCAUGAAGACAGCGCUAAUCUACUUCAGCGCUCUGAUCUUGGCCUGUAGCGCCAGGUAUCCUGGCUUUGGCGGGGCCGCAUUCGAAGGGGUCGGGGGUGGAGGUGGGUUUUUCAAUAACUUCAGAGGAUUAGGCGGUCCUUCACCACCAUUUGCAGGUUUCCCAGCUGUUGAUGACUUUGGAGCUGUAUCUGGAUUUGGAGGAUUAGCUGCUUCAAAUUUUGGAUCCCAGGACUCGUUCAGCAGUAGCAGUAGUAACUUCCAAUAUGAGGAAUUUGUCCAGGAAGAAACUCAUUUCGAAGAAGAAAUUUAUGAGGAGGAAGUAGUGGAAACCUACCAGCAGGCUGCAUUUGGAGGUUUUGACGCUUUCGGUAAUGCUUAUAGCAGUGAUUCUCAAUUUGGGUCAGUGCAAGAAGUGUAUCAGGAAGAAACCAUUAUAGAGGAGCAAUACAUUGAGGAGCAUAUUGAAGAGAUCAUUGAAGAACAAUUCAUCCAGCAAGAAUAUGGCUACCAAGCUGGAGCUGCCAUGGGUGCAGCCGAUAUGUACUCAGGAGCUGCAUCCUACGCAGCAGCUGACUCCUUUGCAGCUAGCAGUGGCUUCGCAGCAGCUGACUCCUUUGCAGCUGGCAGUAGCUACGCAGCUGCCGAUUACCUUGCAGCAGAUGCCUAUGGAGCUUCUGGUUAUCUAGGAGCUACAGACUCCCUAGCAGCCGCCAGCUACCUAGGAGCGACUGACUCUCUUGCGGCCGCUAGUUACCUAGGAGCCACUGACUCACUUGUUGCCGCUAGUACUCUUGGCAUUGCCGAUUCCAUGGUUGCCGCGUCCACUGUUUCUGCUCUUGACUCUGUAUCCACCGUUUCUUCAUCGUCAUCAGUUGUUGAGAGUGUGUCAUCAUCAUCAGUUGUUGAGAGUGUGUCAUCGUCAUCAGUUGUUGAGAGUGUGUCAUCAUCAUCUGUGUCAGAAGUUGCUGCUGCUACCACUGACAUUGCCACUGCUGCAUCUCUUGCUGGUUUUCCUGGAUAUCCCUUCUUCCCUGGAUUCUAUCCAGGUUUCCCUGGACUAUUUCCUGGUUUCCCUGGACUUCCAGGACUCCCAUAUCCAGGAUUCCCAUACCCAGGAUUCCCAGGACCCUUCCCUGGUCUUCCAGUUGACUUCCCAUUCCCUGGACUUCCAGGAUUCCCAUACCCAGGAUUCCCAGGACCUUUCCCUGGUCUUCCAGUUGACUUCCCAUUCCCUGGACUUCCAGGAUUCCCAUACCCAGGAUUCCCAGGACCCUUCCCUGGUCUUCCAGUUGACUUCCCAUUCCCUGGACUUCCAGGAUUCCCAUACCCAGGAUUCCCAGGACCCUUCCCUGGUCUUCCAGUUGACUUCCCAUUCCCUGGACUUCCAGGAUUCCCAUACCCAGGAUUCCCAGGACCUUUCCCUGGUCUACCAGCUGAUUUUCCAGGAUUCCCAUUCCCAGGACCAUUCCCCGGACUUCCAGGAUUCCCAUUCUUCGGACUUCCAGGAUUUCCAGGACCAUUCCCUGGACUUCCAGGAUUCCCAGGACCAUUCCCCGGACUUCCAGGAUUCCCAGGACCAUUCCCCGGACUUCCAGGAUUCCCAGGACCAUUCCCCGGACUUCCAGGAUUUCCAGGACCAUUCCCCGGACUUCCAGGAUUCCCAGGACCAUUCCCCGGGCUUCCAGGAUUCCCAGGUUUGUUCCCUGGACUUCCCGGUUUCCCUGAUGCACCUGGAUUUCCUAUUCUCGACUCUUCGUUACCAUUGCUAAGCUCUAGUUCAAGUUCACUAGGCUCACUUUUAUCCUCUUUCGGCUCACUUUCAGCCUCUGAUUCAUUCUCUUCCCUUGUCUCGUCGUCUGUUCUCGACUCUCUCACUCUCCCUCUGCUCUCGUCCAUGUCUCCCUCUUCAGCUCUGAUAACCGAGGUGACCCCUGGCGUAACGGCCACCCGGAUUGGCCCGCUGGGAGAGCCAAUCACAGCGCCGAUUACAGUUCCCACAAUCACGUCCUAUGCGGUGUCGCCUCUUGGCGUUGUGGAGUCGCCCAUCGUCACCUCUGAAUUUCUUCCCGGCAAAAUUGUUACAACGGUGUCAGCGAAUGGCGAUUCGAUCAUAACACCAGAGGGCAUUGCCAUCUCCUCCACAUUCUCCUACCUCCCCCCCUCCCAAGCCAUCACCCCCUCCUCCACCCUCCUCAGCACCAAACUACCGGGAGCAUUCCAGCCUUACCUCAUGCCAGCCAUGUCCGGAAUUCCCUCCUUUCCCAAUCAUCAAUCAUUGGGAUCAAAUACUAAUUUUUUCUCAUCUUCCUCAAGAAUGAAUCAACUUGGGGGAUUGUUUGGAUCAUCACUUUUGAAUAACCCGAGAAUUCCUGGAGUUUUGCCUCAGAUUCCUGGAGGUCUAUCACGAAUUCCCAGGUACCAGCCUCAAAUUCCAGGCGUCUUUCCUCAACUCCCUGGUUUUCUACCACGAAUUCCCGGAUUUCCCAAGAUUAAACAAAUACCUAGAUUCCAACCUCAAAUUCAAGGAUUUUCACCCAAACUCUCUGGAUUCAAACAUCGCAUUCCUGGACUUGAACUUGGAGUUCCAGGAUUGAAAUAUCAAAUUCCUGGAUUUGGACCACGAGUUCCUGAGCUUUCAUCUCGUAUUCCAGAACUUCGUCCUUGUUUGCCUGGAUUAUACUCACUGUCACCCAGAUUUAGUCCCAAAUUAGCAGGAAAAUAUCCUUGGAUUCCUGGGCUUCUUUCUAGUUUAACAAGACUUUCUCCUGGAACUUACCAAGGAUUCCCAGGAAAUUUACCUCAUUUUCCGGGAUUCCUUACCCAAAUUCCUGGAUCUCCUAAAAUCCCUGGUUUCAAUUUCCAACUACCUGGAAUUUUGCCUGAAAUUACUAGUUUACUUCCCAAACUUCCCAGAUUCCAUCCACGAUUUCUCAUAUCUCUUAAUACACCAUAUAAAUUCUAUCCAUUAGUACCCAGAUUCCUUCCAAAAUUCUAUUCACAAAUCCACAGAUCUCUUUCAAAAAUCAAUUCCAGAUUCUCCGGUUUCUUUCCUGAGCUUCCAGGAUUUGGUUCUCCCUUUUUACCUCUCCUUUUGAGAAAGUCUGUGUUGUCCACAGCUCUCAAUGCCUUUGGCAGUGCAUUCAUUGGAAGAGGUCUCAAAUCCUUCUCAUCUCUUUCACCAUUCACAUUCCGAGGCUCUCCAUUUUUCCCUGGCCUCUACUCGCCUUUUGGAUAUAGCGCCUUGAAAUCGCUGUAUGAAUCAACUAGCUUUGCUGAAAGCAUUGAAUCAGCUGCUGCUUAUGAUUCACUUUUGGGAUCGCCCUUUGGAUUCUCACCUUUUGGACCCUUUGGACCUUUCGGACCCCUUGGACCCUUUGGAGUAUCACCAUUCGGCCCAGGACUAUUCUCGCCUUUCUCUCCUCUUUCUCCCUUUUCUCCAUUUUCUCCUUUCUCUCCCUUUGCUCCCUUCUUACCCUUUGGAAUAAGUUCUCCAUUUUCUCCAUUCUCUCCCUUCGCCCCCUUCUUACCAUUUGGAUUACCUUUUGGACCAUUGGGACUUGGACCUUUCGGACCCCUUGGACCUCUUGGACCCCUUGAACUUCCCCUUGGACCUCUUGGACUUCCCCUUGGACCUCUUGGACCCCUCGGUCUUCCUCUUGGACCCCUCGGUCUUGGGCCUUUCGGACCUCUUGGACCACUUGGACUUGGACCAUUUGGACCUCUAGGACCUCUUGGCCUUCCCCUUGGACUAGGACCUUUUGGACUUCCCCUUGGACCUCUCGGACUUCCCCUUGGACCUCUCGGACUUCCCCUCGGACCCUUGGGACCUCUUGAUGGCCCACUUGGACCUCUAGGACCCCUUGGACCUCUUGGACUUCCUCUUGGACCUCUUGGACUUCCCCUUGGACCUCUAGGACCCCUUGGACUUGGACCUCUUGGACCCCUUGGUCUUGGGCCUUUAGGACCUCUUGGACUUCCUCUUGGACCUCUUGGACUCCCCCUUGGACCUCUAGGACCCCUUGGACCUAUCGGACUUGGACCUCUUGGACCCCUUGGCCCUCUUGGACUUGGGCCUCUGGGACCCCUUGGUCCUUUGGGACCUCUUGAUGGCCCACUUGGACCAUUGGGACCUCUAGGACCACUUGGUGGUCCUUUCGGACCUUUGGGACCCCUUGGACCUUUGGGACCUCUAGGACCUGAAGGCCCUCUUGGACCUUUUGGACCUUUGGGACUAGGUGGCCCUCUAGGACCAUUUGGACCUCUUGGCCCAUAUGGACCCCUUGGGUUUGGACCAUUCUCACCUCUUGGACUUGGACCAUUUGGACCUCUUGGCCCAUAUGGACCACUUGGGCUUGGUCCUUUUGGACCCUUUGUACCGUUCGGCCCCUAUGGACCAUAUGGACCCUUUGCAGGUUUACCAUUGAGCCCAUUGGAUGUUGCCGCAGCUACAGCUACAGCUGGAGCUUCAGUUGCUGAGGCAGCCGUGGCAUCAACAGCGUCGUCAGUGGUGACCGAAACGGUGACUGAGGAAGUGGUGUCCGUCAGUGAGACAUCGUCAACUGUGUCGUCGAUCGCAUCAGCUGGUGUCGUCGCCGACUCACUCCUUGGCGGAUACGGUGCUUUGGGUGGAGCUACCCUAGCCGCCUCUGAAUACGAUGCCGCCAUGAUGUCAGCUGGUUACGGAGCUGCAGCGGAAAUGGGAGCCGCUUCAGCCGCGUACGGAGCCGCAGCGGAAAUGGGAGCCGCGUACGGAGCCGCAGCGGAAAUGGGAGCCGCUUCAGCCGCUUACGGAGCUAGCGGAGUAGCCGCCGCUUACGAGGCUGAAACAAUGGCCGCAGCUGCCAGCGGUGGAGGCAUGGGAUUCAAGCAGAGCCUGUUAAACAAAGCUAGCAAAUUGUUCGGGAGAGGAUGAGGCUUAAUUAAUGUACUACUGAUGGAUGGGACUGUGAUUGAUCAAUGAACAUCAACCGAAGAAUACAUCAUCACACUUUCAGUAGAAAUAAACAUUGAUCAAUUUUUGAAACAGCUAAUGCAAAUAGAUACCUUAAUUGAAGUGAAAUAAAAAUGUAACAUAGAUUCAAUAAAUCCUAUAACUGAAUUUCA